AUGGGUGAUACAAAACCUCUGAUGAAACUAAGUGACUCUGUACCAUCCGCAGUUGUUUGUCCAAUGCUAUCCACUUCGAAUUAUACCGUAUGGACGAAGAGGAUGAAAGUAUUGCUACGUGUUCACAAGGUUUGGGAGGCAAUCGAUCCUGGAUCAACCGAUGAAGAGAAGAAUGACAUCGCAAUGGCACUUCUGUUUCAGUCAAUACCUGAGAAUCAAAUUCUGCAGGUUGGAGAGGAAGACUCCCCUAAAGAUAUAUGGGAAGCCAUUAAAUCCAGAAACCUUGGUGCUGAACCUGUGAAAGAAGCUCGCCUACAAAUCCUUAUGAACGAGUUUGAAAGAUUAAAGAUGUCAGACUCAGAUACUAUUGAUGUCUUCUCUGGCAAGAUAUCAGAAAUUGCUGUGAAAUCAGCUUCUCUAGGUCAGACUCUUGAUGAACCUAAACUGGUGAAAAUUUUCUUAAACAGUCUACCGAGGACAAAGUACAUCCACAUCACAGCCUCGCUAGAACAAGUUCUCGACCUAAACAAAACAAGCUAUGAAGAUAUUGUUGGGCGUCUUAAAGCUUUUGAAGAACGUGUGCUAGGAGAAGAGACUCACGAACAACAAGGCAACCUUCUCUUUGCAAACUCCGAUCAAAGUAAUGAAAGCAACAAAGGGAGAGGCAGAGGAUGGAACCGUGGUAGAGGUCGAAACAGCAGAGGAAGAGGACGUGGAAGAAAUAGCUAUGGCGACAAAAAGAAAGGUCACUUUGCUUCUGUUUGUACUGAGAAGAAAGAAGAUCAAGAGCUCAACAAGGCAGAAACAGAAGAUGCAGACAUAGAUCUUUAUAUGCAUGAAGUAGUUUUUCUUAAUGAAGAGAAAGUGUUGCCAACAACACUUGAUCCAAGUAAGAAAGAAGAUGGAGUGUGGUACUUGGACAAUGGCGCGAGCAACCACAUGACAGGUGAAAGAUCCUACUUCUCAGAGCUCAAUGAAAACAUAAAGGGGAAAGUAAAAUUUGGAGAUGGUUCGUGUGUGGAUAUAAACGGAAAGGGAUCCAUACUCUUUGAAGGUAAAACCGGUGAACAGAAGUUGCUAACUGACAUAUAUUACAUACCGGAUUUGAGAAGUAAUAUACUCAGUUUGGGUCAAGCAACUGAACAAGGUUGCGACAUUAGAAUGAAAGAGAACUACUUAACGUUGAGGGAUCCAAGUGGUAGAUUGCUU